AUGUCGUCGAGUUCAAAAGAUACAAUUCCCCCUCCAAGAGGAAUACCUGCUAUAACUGGUGAUAUAGAUUACAGUAAAGCAUUUCAUGUUUUUCCAAAAGAAUUACAACCUUUCCGAGGGACUAUAAUUGCAUAUGGUGCGUCAUUAUUUUCAACAUUUGUUGGAUUGCCAUUUGAUGCUGUUAAAAUUCGAAUGCAAACUCAUAAACAAUUCACGGGUUAUUUUGAUUGUUUCAAGAAAACUUAUGUCAAAGAAGGAUUAGCAGGAUUUUUCAGAGGUUCUACACCCGUACUAAUAUCAACAUCUUUUGCUAAAUCUUUAAGCGUUUCAUUAUUCACUACGGUUAAACCUUAUACUUAUAGUGUGUUAUAUGAGUCGCCAUGGACUAAGAAUCUUGAUAAUACCAGUCCUUUUCUUAAAAACAUUCCUGUUUGUUUCAUUUCAGGAUUAAUAUCAGGAGCAGGUGUUUCGGUAUUUGCGUGUCCUUUUGAAUUCACAAAGAUUUAUGCACAAUUAGAAAGGUUGGUCACCAGUAAAUCAAUUAAGGAAUUAUCAAAUCUCAAACCAGCCGAAGCACUGAAACCAUCACCAACUAUUCUCAACCCAUCUAAAUCAAUUUCUACGGCCACAAUAGUUAAAGAAAUUGUUAAAAGUGAUGGAAUUACUGGUUUAUAUUCUGGUUUUAGAUAUCAUGCAAUGAGAGAUUCUAUAUCCACUGGUAUUUAUUAUUCAAUUUAUGAAUCUAUGAAAUGGGCUAUGAACAAUUUCAUCAAUAAAGAUCCAUCAAUUUCUUCUCCAUUUUCUGUAUUAUUAGCUGGGGGACUUUCGGGAGUGUUCAGUUGGAUCUUAAUCUUCCCAGUAGAUACCAGAAAGGCAUUGAUUCAAAAAGAUGCAGUGACAAACAUCUUAAGAAAAUCGCAUGGAUUAGAACCAUUACCUACAAAAUCUAAACAAGAAAAACUUCAAGGUAGAGCAUAUCGUGGAUUAGGAAUUUCCAUUACCAGAUCGUUUAUAGUCAAUAUGGUUUUCUUUGGUGUAUUUGAAUUAGGUAUGAAGUACUUAUCUUAG